AUGAUUCUGUCUAGGAUUCUGGUCCUCCAUCUGCUCCUGGUACCAACUCUGGCUUUCCUCUCCUUCACAUCCUCUGCAGUCAGAAAAUUCCGUGCCCUGCAUGUUGAUUAUCCUAAGGUUAAAUUCGCUGAGGGCUUCCAAGGCUACUGCAAUGGCCUGGUAUCCUAUGUUCGAGGAUGGAAAAAAGACUGGCAAUGCCCGUGGGUCCACUAUGUGCUGCAUGCUCCCUGGGCAAAAAUUACUAAGAACUGUAAGCAUACUGACAGCUACUGUGAGGACUUCAAUGAGUACUGCUCUGUCAGCCAAGAUGCCUUUCCUCUCACCACCUGUAACCGCCUAACCUUGGAGCCACCCACCACCUGCCAAUACAACGAAACCACUUCCACUCAACGAGUAUACCUACUUUGCUCCAGAAAAUACAAUGGUGAACCUGUGUUUAUCAUUGGCCUCCUCUAGAAGUAGAAUGGGGAGGGACCCAAGUAUCAGGGGAAAACCUAGGCUUUGAUCCCUGGCAAAACAAGGGUCAGGCUGUUGUUUCCUUGCUCAGGGAAUAUAAGUCUUCCCCCUGCCCUCUGCAUCCCUCCUAUGACAACAGAGCAGGCCAAGCCAGUUUCCAGGAAACCAGAUCAUUCGGCAGAAUUUCCAAGGGCCCCAGACCACUCCCCACUGUCUCUACAUGAAGAAUAAUAGAUAAGUUACCCUAUAAACCACCAGGAAAUUGCCCCAUUACCCUUUGAGCAAGUCCAACCUUGUGCCCGCUUGCCAGUUUCCUAACCCAGAGAUAUAGCCCCUCACCCUUUGAAAAAUUCAGUCUUCCCCUUCUCCCCCAGCCCCCCUUUGCCCUAAGAAGCUAACUUUGUCCAGUUGGCAGAGGCUCACUGUUCACUUGGCCGGAUCCUGAAAACUGGCAAGAGGCCCAGAGCCAUGGCCAGCACCAUGACAACAGCUGGCCUGGCCUCCCUUCCCUCCACCCCCCACCUUCUAUCCCCACUACUUCUUUCUCUGCCCAGCUUCCUCCAAAGGGUAUCUUUGUUUGCUAGACACUGGCCAUCUAGUCUCUGAAGCACUUGGCCCCCUCAUGCCCAUCCUGGGGUCACAGAACCUCUUCCCAUUCCAUCUUCCCCACCUCUUAAACACACCCCUCCCCAAUUUCCCAAUAUCUUCCUUUCUUUCCAUUCACCGGGGUUCCCUUUAUAUAUAAUCUGCCCUCUCCUUUCUCUCCAUCCCACAACAGAUUCUAGGUAGCACUUGUAGGGUUGAUUGGGAUAGAGUAAGAUAAAGUCUUUUAAACCAUGAA